AUGUGUGGAAUCAGUGCUUUUCUCAGCCACCCUGGAGAGUCCGCCUUGCCGGUGGUGAACGGCGAAGCGAAGCAUGUGGCAGCUGAGCUGGAGGGUAGCCUAGAUCUCAUUGCCCAUCGUGGACCAGAUGCUCGUGGUCGUUGGCUUAGUGACGACCGCCAAGUUGGUCUCGGCCAUGUUCGCUUGUCCAUCAUUGAUCUGAGUCCGAGCGGAAACCAGCCCUUCCAUGAUGAAGAAAAUGGAAUUCAUGCCGUGGUGAACGGCGAGUUGUAUGACUACGAGCGUUACAAAGCUCAAUUGUCCAGUGAGUUCAAAUUUGUGGGAAACAGUGACUGUGAGAUCGUCAUUGCUCUCUACAAGCAUUAUGGCCUCUCCUUCAUCUCCCAUCUGAGGGGAGAAUUCGCCUUCGUUCUCUGGGAUGCAAACCGCCAGCAGCUCAUUGCAGCCAGAGAUCGAUAUGGCAUCAAAUCACUGUAUUACACAGUGCACCAAAAUAAGCUGCUCGUGGCUACCGAGAUCAAGUCUUUUCUAGCCUUUGGGGUGCAGCCGGAAUGGUGUGUUAGAACAUUGAGAGAUCAAAGCUGGAGAGUUGACUCAACCACUUUCUUCAAAGGCGUGCACAGAGUUCUCCCUGGUCACUACCUCAUAUGUCGUCCCAAUGAGAAAGAGGAACAGAAGCAAUACUGGGAUCUAGAGUACCCAGACAAGUUCGCCAAAGAUGUACGAACAGAGGAGGAAAUCACGCAAGGCGUUCGACAGCGUCUUCUAGAGGCUAUAGAGAUCCGCCUGAAAGCAGACGUGCCCGUGGCUGUCUACCUCAGCGGCGGAAUUGACUCCUCAUCCGUCGCAGGAAUGGUCGCACAUCUCAUGAAGCAGGGCACUCAGUUGGGUAACGAGACCAAUUCGGUGCCGUCCAACAUGAAGUGCUACACUGUCCAGUUUGAUGAGGAUAGUGGUGCGGAUGAGUCCGCGAUUGCUCGACGGACAGCAGACUGGCUUGGUGUCGACAUUCAUCUUGUUAAAAUGGAUGAAGAGGCCCUCGCUGCCCGCUUCGAAGACACGACUUGGUAUAGUGAAGUUCCUCUACCAGAUCUCAACGGCAUGGGCCGCUUAGCUCUGGCCGAUGCGGUGCACUCCCAGGGUAUCAAGGUUGUUAUCACAGGAGAAGGUUCCGAUGAGCAUUUUGGCGGCUACGAUGCGUUCCGCGCCGAUUCACUGAGUGAACCCGACCAUUCGUGGCCAGCUCUCAUGACAAACGCUGAACGCGAUGAAGCAUUCUAUACUGCCAGCAAGCAAGCCAAACAUGGCAUCUUCGGGGAUUUCACCUCUGAUGUGCCAGUAUCAACGAAGCGUAUGCUAAACCACAGCCAUGUUACCAGUUCAAUCGCCAGAGUAGGCAGUCUGCCAUUCUCCGAGUGGACCAAGGUCUACGGCGACAGCAUACCUGAGACUAGUCUAGUUGAGGGCUUUGAUGGCCGUGUUCGGGAUAACAUCCUCAAACGCUGGCAUCCUGUUCAUACUGCUCAGUACAUGUUUGUCAAGACCUUCAUGCCGCACUUCAUCCUCAGGUAUAAUGGAGAUAACAUCGACAUGGUUCACCAAGUCGAAAGCCGUUGUCCUUUCCUGGAUCAUCAUCUCACGGAAUAUGUGAACAACAUUCCCCCAAGCCUGAAGAUGAGAUACAAUGCAAAAGAUAAGUCUUACCGCGAGAAACAUAUUCUCCGCGAAGCUGUGAAGCCUUAUGUGACCGAUGAGGUCUACAACAUGAGCAAGAAAGCAUACAUGGGCCCGAGGAAAUUCUGGCCAGGUGGGCCACUCCACCGGAAGAUAACAGAGCUUGUAACCAAGGAGAACGUGGAGAAGCUGGGUUUUGUCGACUGGAACGCUGCGCAAGAUGCGCUGGAUAAGGCUUUCAAUAAGCAGGAGGGAUUAGCACUGAGACGUAUUAUUACUGUUGCACAGUUCGUGGUUCUGGGACAGAGAUUUGGAGUCAAGACAGCUGGGGUGAAGUCGAGCUGA